CCGACCAUUUUUCGUGGUAUACGAUCGGCCAGUGGCGGUGCCCCAGUAAUAGAAAGUGAUGUGGUCGUGUUGGUCUUUUUUAUGUCGCAUAACCAAUGAUGAUUAAUUGAUAUUUUAACAUUUGUUAAUAAUUUGUGACGUCUGUGAACUGCUGCAAUAAUGACAAAAAGUGUGGUUAUCGGCGUAAUCGAGUGAAAAGUCGGCGUUGAAAUACACUUUUGUUUACGUGAAAUGGAAAGUGAUAUUUGCCUUCUCUAUCAUAAUAUGAUCUCAUCACGUAAAAGUUAAUAAUAAUUCCUUGUGGUACAUUAUCGGCUACAAUUUUAAAUAUCGAAUUUAUUUAAAGUUUUAUAAUGAAGAAGCAAUUUUUCCGAGUCAAACAACUCGCCGACCAGACUUUCCUCAGGGCCGACAAAAGCGAAGUUUUAAAUAAUGAAGAACUUCAAGUGGCUGAUCAGAAAAUCGAAUACUUACGAACGGCACUAUCUGCGAUCAUCAAACGGAUUCCCCAUUCUGGUCAAAAUAAUGACAUCGACAAACGAGUUAAAAAGAGUAUUGAACAUCACUUGGCAUCUGUGUUUUUCGAGCAAAGUACUCGAAAAAAUGAACAAGGGGACCUCCAAGAGCUUCCUAAUGUCUUAUUUUGUGCCACGCUUAAAAAGUGUGCAAUGGCGGAGCAGGAUUUGGCGAGGGAAUACGCCGAUCAUGAGAAACAAGUUGAGGAUUUAGUCAGUGCUCCUAUACAGUUGUUGCUAGAUUCCGAUUUUCAUAAUAUUCUGAAACAGAAACGCAAUCUUUCUAAAUAUAUCUUAGACAAAGACUCUGCCAGUAAUAGGUAUCAUGCCACGAAAAAAGAAGCUUUGAGGGAUGAUAUGGAAGAAGCCGAUUACAAAGUGGAACAAAGUAGAGACGCCUUAGCUUACGAAAUGUUUAGUUUAUUAGCGAAAGAAAACGACUUGGCCGGGUACAUGUUGCAAAUACUGAAAUGUCAAAGAGCGUAUCACGAUAGUGCCUUAAAGCAUCUUGAAAGUGUGAUUCCUGAGUUAGAAAAACAAAUAGGUGACAGUUCCGUGAAACGUGUCUACGGCAUUCCGCUUCAAGACCACCUUCGAGUCACUAAUAAAAAAAUAGCUCUUCCUUUAGAAAUUUGUAUCACCCUUCUCCAAAAACACGGUCUUCACGAAGAGGGUCUUUUCCGUAUCGCCGGCAGUAUGUCUCGCGUCAAACGUUUAAAAUCGUCGAUAGAUUCAGGCUGUUUUUCCCCGAAACUCAUCCCGGAGUAUCAAGACAUGCAUGUCUUGGCCAGCGCUCUUAAAAUGUACCUCCGGGAAUUACCCGAUCCUCUUCUAACGUCAAAGCUUUACAAUGAGUGGUUGCAGUCGAUGCAAAAACCCGAAAGCGAAAGACUGGAUAUAGUCAAAGGUCUAAUCGCGAGUUUACCUCGCGAAAAUCGUGAUAAUUUAGCUUUUUUGAUUCAAUUUUUAUCGGAGUUGUCUCGGCAUCCCCAAAAUAAAAUGAGUUCGUCCAAUAUUGCAAUUGUGGUCGCUCCGAAUUUGCUGUGGGAUAAAGAAGAGGCAAUGAAUAUGGGGAAUUGUGCAGCUAGUAGCAUGCUUGUCGAGCUUUUUAUUAAAGAAGUCCAUACUUUGUUUCCUGAAGACGUUAGUAAAUUUGUGACUUUUUCGUGGUUUGAUGAUGAAGGGGGAUUCACCCGAUCGACGAUUGACUUAAACGCAAGCACUGAAAAUAUCUCUGUAAGCGAGAGCCCCAAACCCAGUUCGAGGAAAAAGAAGACCCCAGCCCCUGGCCCUCCGAAUAACUUCGCCCGGACCGACCAAGACCUCGUCCAAAACGAGAAAAAUUCAAUGUCGUCGUCGUAUCCCUCGGGCAGCUCCACCCUAAACCGUCCUCAAAAACCACGAGAGAACCCGAAACCGAAAACUUCAAUCGGCGUAAACACCGACGAUAGAAAAAUGAGUUUAUCUCAAGAGGAAACGCACAAACCGGAAGUGAUCAAACCACCGCCUCUAGUCAAUUUAGAUAGUAGCAAAACGGUCGCUCAUAAGGUUAUAACCGAACCGGCGACUCCUGUCCAAGUGUCUAAAGCCAAACCUGUACAGCCAGUCGUAGCACAAAACGCAUGUGAUAAUAAAAACUUUAAAACAACAAUCACGCAUUCGCUGGUACAAGACGGCGUGUGUCAGAAACCGAUCGCAGCGCCGCGCUCGAUCGACACCGGAGUCAAACGAAGUUCCUCGAUCAAGAUUGAUCUUAAGCAGCCGGAAAUAGCCGAAGUGACGCUUCGUCGGCCCGAAAUCAUCGCCGCCAAACCAGAGGUGCCCGCACGGCCCGCGUCGCUCACAAAGAGGCCCAGCAUGGACCUGGACCCGACCCUGCACCGCACCCAAUGCUCGGUCUACAGCUUAGCAAACAAGCAACAGCCCAGCUACGUGAACGUCCAGAACCGUAACGAGAAAUUCCAGCCGGGCCACGACAACAAGAUCGCCGAAAAAGAGCGUUUUCUGGGCCAUCAGCCGCUCAAAUUCGACGAUAUUAAUUCGAACAGCAAAACAGGGCUGCCACCCAAAGCAAUAAAAGGGCAGGAGAAAUCGGACGCGAGCAAGUCGAACGAGGAUUUAGGCGAUUUGGGGGAAAAACUGAACGGUAAUCAGAAAACUAGUCAUGUGCGGACCAGAUCGGACGGGAAUUUGAUCGAACUGAGUGAGAGUUUGGCGCAGACGCCGCCGUCGCCGCGGAGUUUGAAUAAACCGACGCAGCCGCCACCCCCGCCGCCGGUCAGUGUUAAGAAGGAGCCUGACAGUACUGAUUUGUAGUUGAAAAGUGAUUUUUUUUUCAGAGUUAGGAAGUCUAUUGAACAAAUAGUUGCUGUUUGACUGAAGUUAAAAUUUUAAAUUUUAAUGUUGAUGUUAAAGUUGAAACGGAUUUUAUUUAUUCGGAUAGCUACUGGUUAAUAAGGCACACGAAAUACAAUUUAUAUAUUUUUUAUGUUUGCUUUAACAAAACUGAUUGCAGUAUAAUUUUUAGAGUUUAGGAAUUUUGAUAUUCUUUCAUUUUAUCAACAAAAGUGCUGUACGAGACACAAUCAAUAAAAACUUCGUUAUUUAUAAAUGA